AGAAAUACUGGUUAAGCUCAUUCCGGAAUUUGCUCUCGACUUCACAAGCACUUUCCAAUCUUCACUCCAAUCGUCACAAUGGACAAGAAACUGGGUCUGGACUCGGCCGACGCGUUGAUGGCUCAGGGCCCCAAUGCGCUGCACAGCUACGUCGCUGAUAAAGUGCAGGCUGCCAUGGGCAAGGCCAUGCCUCAAAUGGAGGUGCGCUUCAAGAACUUAUCCAUUUCCGCCAAGGUUUUCGCCUCCAGACACUCGGACCCCAAGUCCCAACUCCCUACACUGUACAACAGCGUCAAGAAAUCUGCUGCCAAGAUCAACGCCAAGAACCACACAGCCGAGAAAGUGAUCCUCAAGAAUGCUAGUGGCGUCUUCAAGCCCGGUACAAUCACUCUGCUUCUGGGUCAACCUGGCUCGGGAAAGUCGUCACUCAUGAAGGUGCUGAGCGGUCGAUUUCCACUGGAAAAGAAUGUAGCAAUCGAGGGUGAGAUCACGUACAACGGCGUCCCGCAGGCCGAUAUCAUCAAGCGACUCCCGCAGUUCGCGGCUUACGUGACACAGCGUGACAAGCACUUCCCCACUCUGACUGUCAAGGAGACUCUCGAGUUCGCACAUGCCUUCUGUGGAGGUGGCAUCUCCAACUGCACAGAGGAACUCCUUUCCAAAGGCACCCAUGAAGAGAACACAGCAGCGUUAGAAGCGUUGUCGGCACUAUAUGCCCACUACCCUGAUGUAGUGAUCAAGCAACUAGGACUAGAGAAUUGCAAAGACACCAUCGUGGGCAACGCAAUGCUUCGUGGUGUAUCGGGAGGAGAACGCAAACGUGUGACGACUGGCGAAAUGGAGUUUGGAAUGAAGUACAUGACACUUAUGGAUGAGAUCAGUACCGGUCUCGACAGUGCAGCUACCUUCGAUAUCAUCAGUACGCAGCGUGGUAUCGCUAAAACCCUGCAGAAGACGGUCGUCAUUGCUCUGCUGCAACCCUCACCUGAAGUUUUUGAGUUGUUCGACGACGUCAUGAUCCUGAACGACGGUGAAGUCAUGUACCAUGGACCUCGCGACCAAGCUGUACCGUUCUUCGAAAGUUUGGGUUUCAAAUGUCCUGCAGAUCGUGAUGAAGCCGACUUCCUUCUAGACUUGGGAACCAACCAGCAGUUUGGUUACGAGGUGGAUCUUCCAGCAGGAAAGACCUACCACCCACGGUUAGCCAGCGAAUUUGCAGAGAUCUUUCGGCGUUCAUCCAUUCACCAACGGAUGCUUCGAGCAUUAGAAGACCCACACGAACCUGCACUCCUUGAGAAUGUUGGUGCACACAUGGACCCAAUGCCAGAGUUCCGUCGUGGGUUUUGGGAGAACACCCGAACGCUCAUGAAGCGACAGACUAUGGUUACUCUCCGCAACACUGCGUUCAUUAAAGGACGGUGCAUUAUGGUGGUGCUGAUGGGACUUAUCUACUCGAGCACCUUCUGGCAAGUGGACCCCACCGACGUGCAGGUAGCUUUGGGAAUAAUGUUCCAAGCCGUUCUGUUCCUCGCUUUGGGCCAGGUCUCCCAGAUCCCGACGUUUAUGGCAGCCCGUGAUGUGUUCUACAAACAACGUGGAGCCAACUUCUUCCCGACGGCAGCGUACGUGCUCGCGUGCUCGGUGGCUCAGGUGCCUAUGGCUAUUGCUGAGAGCGUUAUCUUCGGUUCAAUGGUCUAUUGGAUGUGUGGCUUCGUGGCCACUGCUGGGGCUUUCAUCUGCUACAUGAUUCUGCUUAUUCUGACGAAUCUGGUGUUUUCCUCGUGGUUCUUCUUGCUCACGGCCAUGUCCCCGGACUUCCACAUUGCCAAGCCGUUCGCGACGUUCACGGUGGUUUUCUUCAUUCUGUUUGCUGGUUUCGUUAUGGCCAAGAGCACCAUGCCCGGUUGGUUCGUCUGGAUCUACUGGAUCAACCCCAUUGCGUGGUGUCUCCGUGGUCUCGCUGUGAACCAGUAUCGUGCUGCCAAGUUCGACGUCUGCGUUUAUGAUGGCGUGGAUUAUUGCGCCGACUACAAUAUGAACAUGGGCGAGUACUAUCUGUCCCAGUACGAUGUCCCGUCGUCCAAGGUCUGGGUGUGGGCUGCUAUGCUCUUCAUGAUUGCAUGCUAUGCGCUCUUCAUGGCGUUAGGGUGCUACGUGCUUGAAUAUCAUCGUUAUGAGAGCCCUGAGCACACGGUCAUCAAGGACAAGGACGAAGAAUCUGAUGAGAGUUACGCGCUAGUAGCAACUCCAAAGGGUUCUACUACCAGCUCGGCGGAACGAGCAGUUGCGCUCGAUAUUGGACGUGAGAAGAACUUUGUGCCUGUCACUCUUGCCUUCCAGGACCUAUGGUACUCGGUCCCGAAGCCUGGAAGCCCAAAAGAGUCCAUUGACUUGCUUAAGGGUAUCAGUGGGUUCGCUAAGCCUGGUACAAUGACGGCUCUGAUGGGCUCAUCUGGCGCUGGUAAGACGACGCUGAUGGACGUGAUCGCCGGUAGGAAAACGGGUGGCACGAUCAAGGGCAAGAUUCUAUUGAACGGCUAUGAGGCGAACGACCUGGCUAUCCGUCGAAGUACAGGCUACUGCGAGCAGAUGGACAUUCACUCGGACGCGACGACAUUCCGUGAGGCUUUCACGUUCAGUGCAUUUCUCCGUCAAGAUAGUAGUGUCCCGGACCAUAAGAAGUACGAUUCGGUGGAAGAAGUUCUCGAUCUUUUGGAUAUGCACGACAUCGCAGACCAGAUUGUACGUGGCAGUUCAGUAGAGCAGAUGAAGCGCCUCACCAUAGGCGUUGAGCUGUCUGCACAGCCUAGCGUGCUGUUCCUUGAUGAACCGACCAGUGGACUGGAUGCUCGUUCGGCUAAGCUGAUCAUGGAUGGUGUUCGCAAGGUGGCAGAUAGCGGACGGACCAUCGUGUGCACGAUUCACCAACCUUCGUCUGAUGUGUUUUACCUGUUCGACCACUUGUUGUUGCUUAAGCGUGGAGGUGAGACGGUGUUUGUUGGUGAACUGGGCGAGAAGUGCCGUAAACUGGUGGAAUACUUCGAGUCGAUCCCUGGUGUCACUCCGUUAUCUGACCGAUACAACCCAGCCACCUGGAUGCUGGAGUGUAUCGGUGCCGGUGUAAACAGCGGAGGUCGUAACACGAUGGACUUUGUGGAGUACUUUAGGAACAGCCAAGAGAAGCGUAUCCUGGACAAUGAGAUGGCACAGGAAGGAGUCACCGUACCAGCUUCUCAUCUACCGGAGAUGAUCUUCCAGAAGAAACGUGCAGCCAGUUCAUGGAUACAAGCCAAGUUCUUGACGAUGCGCUUCAUGCGCAUGUACUGGCGUACACCCACGUACAACAUGACGCGCUUCGCUAUCGGUCUGUUCCUCGCUCUGCUGUUCGGUUUGACGUAUGUGGACGUGGAAUAUGUGAGUUAUCAAGGAAUCAACGGUGGUGUGGGUAUGGUGUUCAUGACGACUCUAUUCAACGGCAUCGUGUCCUUCAACGGUGUUCUACCCAUUGCCUCGGGGGACCGUGCUGCUUUCUAUCGUGAACGCGCUUCACAGACGUACAAUUCGCUCUGGUAUUUCGUUGGCUCGACAAUCGCUGAGAUCCCGUACGUGUUUAUCAGCUGUCUGCUUUUCACGGUGAUUUUCUACCCGUUAGUAGGCUUCACUGGCUUCGGGACGGGAGUGCUCUACUGGAUCAACCUCUCGCUAUUGGUGUUGUUGCAGACGUACAUGGGUCAACUCUUCGUCUACGCACUACCGAGCGUGGAGGUGGCAGCAAUUAUUGGUGUACUCAUCAAUUCGAUCUUCUUCUUGUUCAUGGGCUUCAACCCUCCGGCCAAGUCCAUCCCUAGUGGCUACCGUUGGCUGUACACGAUCACUCCUCAGCGAUACCCGCUUUCUAUCUUGAUGGCUCUGGUCUUCUCCGAUUGCCCCACAGAGCCCACAUGGGAUAGCAAUCUUGGACAAUACGUCAAUGUUGGCUCAGAACUCGGUUGCCAACCCGUGACGAACCUCCCAGUGACAAUUGACCACAUUACGGUCAAGGGCUACGUGGAGUCGGUGUUCGAGAUGAAGCACGACGAUAUAUGGAGAAACUUCGGCUACGUCUUUGUGUUUCUCGCCGUCCUUCGUUUGCUCGCGCUGCUUUCGCUGCGUUACAUAAACCACCAGAAGAGAUGAGCGUCGCUAAACCUUACUCUCACUUUUAGAGAAUAGAUAACCUUUUUAAUUAAAAAAAAUCAAAAUAAAGUAAAAACUCUGGAUCGAUAGCGUGGAAAUA